UUUCCUUUAAUUAGGUUCUUACGGUUCUUACUACAACCCUGCAUUCAAUUUAGGAAGAAUGGCGAUAACACACACGCCGCUACGUAACCCGGAAGUAUAGUCCUAUUUUCAAUUUUCACAAUGAUGAGAUUGGACGACAACGAUGAUGAUGUCUCCCUUUUUGAUGCAGAGGACACAGGCAGAGAAGGAAAGUCUAAGAAGACAAAAAUAAAGCAUCCUGUGGCCUCUUUCUUCCACCUGUUCUUCAAAGUGAUUGCCACCCUGGCCUUCUUGUUCUGCGAAAUGAUCAGCAGUAGCUUCAUUGGCUGCAUGGUCUCCAUCAUCCUGUUACUGUCUGCUGACUUUUGGACAGUUAAGAACAUCACGGGCCGGUUGUUGGUGGGACUCAGGUGGUGGAACCAAGUGGAUGACGAUGGAAAAAGCCAAUGGGUGUUUGAAUCUAGAAAGGCAAAUUCAAAGCACGUGGUGUCAGACUCCGAGUCGAGGAUCUUCUGGCUGGGCCUGGUUGUCUGUCCUGUCAUCUGGGCCAUCUUUGCCUUCAGCACACUAAUCUCCUUCAAGAUCAAAUGGAUGGCUGUGGUGAUUAUGGGCGUGGUUUUGCAGGGGGCCAAUCUGUAUGGAUAUGUUCGCUGUAAAGUGGGCGGUAGGACCAGUUUGAAGAACAUGGCUACAAACUAUUUUGGACGACAGUUUCUUAAGCAGGCAAUGACAAAACAAGAAGAAUCUUAGAGAACAGCUGCUAUAAGAUUUUAACAAAUGUUUGCAUUAUUCUGAAUGCUACAGUAUAUCUGGAGUUUUACUAGCAACUGACACAUAAUAGAAACCUUUUGGGACGUUGCUUAUCUUUAAUGAGUUUCCAUUUUUACUACCAUUUCAAGAGAGAACUAAAAUUAUUUUCCUUUGUAACUGUUCUUCCUCAAAGCAAUCCCAUAUGAUCCGUUUGUUUUCCAUAUUUGUUAUUCUGCAUAUUAUCCCUAGACUUUAUACAAUGAGGGACUGUUUUCUGAUGCUUAUUAUAAAAACAUUUUGUUUGUUUUAAAUACAGAUGGUUGUAAAGCAAUACAGAACAUCAAAGUUCACAUGUAAAUAUUUAUGUACAAAAAUAAAUUAUUUGAGACAUC